AUGGCCUCAACAUCCAAUCCCGAUGGAGCACCUCCAUCCUCCGUCAUGGAUGCAGUUCUUGUCCCUUCAAACGAAAUGCCAGUCAAUGCACAAAAAGUCGAAGAGCUCGACUUUAACAAAUUUGCUGGGCGCCCGAUAACCGUUGAUGAUCUAUUGAGUGGUAUGAACAAUAUGGGCUUCCAAGCAAGUUCCAUUGGUGAAGCUGUUCGAAUAAUUAAUGAUAUGCGUGCAUGGCAUGGUCCAGAACCAACAGAUCGUACCACCAUCUUCCUUGGAUACACCUCAAAUUUGAUUUCAAGUGGACUUCGUGGGACUCUUCGCUAUCUCGCUCAACAUCGUCACAUUUCUGCAAUCGUCACCACUGCCGGUGGUGUCGAAGAAGAUAUCAUUAAAUGUCUUGGCCCCACCUACAUGGGUUCAUUCUCUACUCCUGGAGCUGAGCUACGUGCCAAGGGUCAAAACCGUAUUGGAAAUCUUAUUGUUCCCAACAACAACUACUGUGCAUUUGAAGACUGGGUAAUGCCCAUUCUCGACACCAUGCUUGCUGAGCAAGAGGAAUCGAAGAAAGAUCCCGACACUGACAAUCACAUUCACUGGACACCCAGUAAAAUCAUCAGAAGAUUGGGUAAAGAGAUCAACAAUGAAGAGUCACUACUUUACUGGGCCUAUAAAAAUGACAUCCCUAUUUUCUGCCCGGCACUUACCGAUGGUUCCUUAGGCGAUAUGCUUUACUUCCACACUUUCAAAUCCUCUCCAGCUCAACUCCGUGUUGAUCUUGUCGAAGAUAUUCGCAAGAUAAAUACUAUGGCUGUGCGAGCCAAGCGAGCAGGAAUGAUUAUUCUAGGUGGAGGUGUAGUCAAACAUCACAUUGCGAAUGCUUGUCUGAUGAGAAAUGGAGCCGAGAGCGCAGUCUACAUCAAUACUGCGCAAGAGUUCGAUGGGAGUGAUGCUGGAGCAAGACCUGAUGAAGCAGUUAGUUGGGGGAAAAUCAAGGUUGGAGCUGACAGUGUUAAGGUUUAUGUUGAAGCAACUGCCUGUUUCCCAUUAAUAGUGGCGGGUACCUUUGCAAAGGACCAAGAGAAUAGUGCAUCCCAAACAACUUCAAAACCCUCUGAUAAUUAA